AUGUCUGACGAUGAAGACGAAAGUGUUAUUGCUGGAGAAGGUGGAGAAGCGGGAGCGGAAAAGUACCCGUUUGGAGAAUACACGGGUACCAGAGAUGAACAUGGAGACCGGCACGGUAAAGGAUACGCUAUAUUACCAAACGGGGACAUUUACGAAGGAGAAUAUUAUCAUGGAAAGCGACAUGGUAAGGGAUUGUACUGUUUUAAAAACGGCGCAAGAUACGAAGGUUUAUGGCGCAAAGGACUCAAACAUGGACAAGGCGAGUUUAUUUAUCCAGACGCAUCCAAAUACGUAGGAAAUUGGAGAAAAGACUUGAAACAUGGUCAAGGCAAUUAUUAUUACAUAAACGGUGACACUUAUCAAGGGUUUUGGUAUCAAGGCUUAAGACAUGGAUUGGGUACUUACACCUACAAGGCUAUAAAUGUUAAUCAUUAUGGUACAUGGAAAAAUGGGAGAAUGGAAGGGCCAGGAAUUAUAAAUUAUCCUUAUUACAAGUAUCAUGGUAGUUUUGAAAAAAACUUGCCAAAAGGCAAGGGUUGUUUUACAUUUGAUGCAAAAUAUAUGCAACAUGGUUUUUACAUCAACAUGCGAGAUCCAGCUUUUGAUUAUGUUGGAGCUGAUGAGGAAUUGAAAAUUGAAGGAUCCAGUGAAUCUCCGGGAGAACUUGGCGCACCAAUUGGAAUAGUUCCAAUUUGGAAAGCAAGAGACAUAACCGAAUACAAAAUGGAUCUGUUGCCACCAGAGCCUAUUUCCUUGCUAGUUAAGGAUUCUGAAGAAUCGCUGUUGGAUAUAAUUGAAUAUUUGCAACAGCAGUAUGAAGAAGGAAAGCAAGUAGGCGAGGAAGAAGAUAGGACUACAACUUCGCCUGUGCCCCAAGAUAUGUUGGUUGAUAUUCCUGAUAUUGAUUUUGACGAUUUGUAGUUUUAAUGUUAUUUAUGAUAAAAAAAAUUCACCUACCGUUGCACCCACAUCUUCUUUCAUGCCAGGGCAUUUUGUUAACACAACGUGGUGGCAUCUUUUAUGGACAACGCAGGUGCAGACUGAAAAAUAUAAUUAAUUUUGUGUUUUCAACCCUAGAGGAUUUGGUUAAUGUGUACAAUAAUAUUAGUAAAAGAAGGCGGAAAGCAUCCAAAGAAAAUAGUUUUUAAUAUCUACGUAUAACCCAAAACCACCCUUGGUAUUAGAAUAUGAUAGAGGAAGCAACUACUCAUACAAAUCAAUAAAUUUUUUUUGGAUGCUUUUAACAAGUUUAAAAAAAAAAUGUGUAGUUAACUUACAAAAAAGAAAAAGCUAAGACAGCCAUGCCAGUGCAAUGGUGCUGCAAAUAAAAAAAAAUAAUAAAAAAUACAAAAAAUCAAUAAAUACAGGAAGAAAUAAACUGAUAUAUUUGCGGGUGCAACUGACAUUUUGCGUUGCAUCAUA